AGCUCGAAUGAUGAAGUUGCACAAAGAUGGAGAUAAAGUGUUCGAUGACAUCAUCGGAGACCACGAAGAAAAGGAAAAAAAUAAUGUUGGAGAAGCAGAGCAGGAUCUAGUUGAUGUUCUCCUGAGGAUUCAAAAGGAUAAUGACUUUGAGAUACCAUUAUCUCUUGAAAACAUUAAAGCAGUUCUUAAGGAUGUUUUUUUUUGCUGGAACCGAAACAACAGCAACUACAAUAAACUGGACCAUGUCCGAAUUGCUCAGAGACCCAGAGGCUAUGAAAGAGGCACAAACGGAGGUAAGAAUAGUCUAUGGAAGCAAAGGAUACGUGGAUGAAUCAGAACUUCACCAAUUAAAAUAUUUAAGUGCUGUCA